AUGAUGGCUUUACGACAGGCGAAAAAGGCCUUCAAGUGGUUCUUCCCCGAACCUGAAAAGGCGGACGAUGGCCGUGAUCAAUGGCCCUCCCGUGCUGCUUUCUUGCUGGCUGCAAUGGGUGGUUGUGCUGGGCAAGGAAAUUUGCUGAGAUAUCCUUCAGUGGUCUACAAUAACUAUGGCUUGCAAUGGUUUAUCCCAUAUCUUCUGGCUGUCUUUUUGAUCGCCAUCCCGGCUCUUAUUCUGGAGAUUAGCAUCGGACAGGCUUACAGAGGUGGCUCGGUUAUUGCAUUCAACAACAUCAAUGGCAGGUUGAAGGGUGUGGGUAUUGGACCUGUGUUUGUCAGUUUUGUGGUGGUUCAGUAUUUCACGGUCAAUCUUGCUUGGAUCAUGGUCUAUUUCCGCAACUCGUUCACUAGUCCGUUGCCUUGGGAGGGCAGGAUUGAGGAUUUUUACAACAACGACGUCGUCGCUAAUCCGGUUCCUAUUGCCGGCAGUCUGACCAAUGGUGGCAAGGAUGUCGCUUCUUACACAGCCUAUCCUGCUGUGGGACUCAUUGGAGAAACCGUCGGCUGGAGCGCUUUCAUCUGGUUCUUGAUCUGGUUCUCCAUCUUCCGCGGUGUUGGCAUGACCGGGCGAGUGGUAUACUUCACCAUGGGUCUCCCCAUCAUUACUACAAUCAUCUUUGUCGGUCGCGCUCUGUCUCUGGAUAAUGCAGCUGCUGGAGUCAGACUGCUCUGGGCUACUUGGAGAGGAGAUCAACUUGCCUCCGGUACGGUCUGGCAAACCGCUGUUGGCCAGGUCUUCUUCAGUACUGGAAUUGGCUUUGGCUACUUUACCUCUUACGCGUCGUAUAACCAGAAACACUCGAAUGCUGUCAUGGAUGCUGUGCUCAUAUGCGGCAGUAACGUGCUUUUUGAGAAUUUUGCUGCUUUUGCCAUCUUUGGCGUUGUUGGUUUCUUGCGACGAUGGCCUCAAGAAGGUGAGAGAUUGGGAGCUUUCGUUGUUGGCUUUCUCACGCUUCCGGAAGCCGUGCUACAAAUGCCUGGAGCCAAUUUCUGGGCUGUGCUGCUGUUCUUGACAUUAAUCGUUCUGGGAUUCAGUUCGGCGUUUGUUAUGCUGGACGUUGUUGCCACUUUACUCGUGGAUUCUGGAGUCAAGUAUUCGAGGCCGGUCAUCGUCACUGGGUUGACACUGAUCUCUUUUUUCAUGUGUCUUCCUUACUGCACCGAAUUCGGAUACUUUUUGCUCGACGGAAUCGACCGAUGGGUGAAUAACGUCGCUCUGAUCUUUGUUGUCUUCAGCGAGGUCGUCAGUGCAACGACUGUCUAUCGCUGGUCUGACGUCGUCGGACAGGUCGGCAUGCCUGCCUUCAUCAUCUACAAUCUCGGCUACUUCGGCGGCCUCCUCACCGGCAUCGCCGUGGCUCAUGCUCUCGAAAGCGCAGGUCCUGGUGCAGGUGCUGGAUUCGGUUUGUUCAUCCUCUGCACACUUGUAUCCACCUACAUAGCAACGGCUCACGAAUCAAACACUCGAGGCUUCAUGGCAAAGCUCAAAGGCCAAGCUACUCAACUCUGGUAUCUGGCAUUCUACUCUGGAAAUCAACUCCGCAAAGAUCUAAACCUCGUAGUCGGCCAAGGCAAAAACUGGAAGAUUCCCUUUUUCCUCCCCAUCCUGCUUCGCUACGUCAGUGGUCCUGUGCUAGCCAUAAUCUUCAGCUUUGCAUUCCCAGAGUUUCACUCUUUGCGCUAUGAUCCCAUGAUGAUUACAGGAUUUAUUUUGUCGGUGUUGGGGAUGGUGGCGGUGUUGUUGGGCUUUGUGAUGCCGAGGUAUUAUGAUGCUUUGGUCCCAAUGGACAGACGGGAUGAGGGUACAGAAGAGACUGUGCUGAAUGAGCCGAUGAGGCAGAUUGAUGCCAUCGCGGCGGCUGACAGCGAUAUCGAGGGUGGGGAAGUUGGGAGGGAGAAGUCGGUGGCGAAGGAUGUGAGUGGUGGUGCUGAGUCGCCUGAGUUGAUGGCGCAGAUGGUAAAGUGA